CGACAUGUUUUGUGAUUGUGAGAAAAUCAGUUUUGAUUAUUUACAUUGAUUUAAAGCUUAUAAAUGGCGUGGGGUCUACCCAAAUUGCCUGGGUUGACGUUCGCAGACCCGACUAAGACCCAGUACCAUGUACGUAGCUCCCUGCGGUACUACCAAGGGCAUCGCUUCCCGGACACCUUGGUACGAGGGCCUGGAGGGACGGAUACAGAUGUCGACAGCAACGCUUUUGCCCUGCCUGAAGACUCUGUCAAUUAUGACCCAUCACUGACGUAUGGACGUGUGAAGCAAGCCGCCUUGCCAGCAGUGGUACCACAUUGGGUGCACUACGACAAACGAUGCCUGAACUUCACGGCGUUCUUCAAACAGCCAGUGUAUGAUAAUCCAGACGAGAAUUACCGGGUGCGAGUUGUGAACCUCGUAUAUUUUCUAGAAGAUGAUACUCUAACUGUCAUGGAGCCAAGAGUCAGGAACUCGGGUCUGUGGCAAGGCAGAAUGGUGAAGCGUGGGAAGAUUCCUAAGAAUGACCUCGGGGAAUAUUGGCAUUGGAAAGACUUCGACGUUGGGAAAGAUAUUUGCAUUUAUGGAAAAGUUUUUCAUACAAUUUCCUGCGAUCUAUUUACUAAGGAGUGGCUAGAAUCUCAGGGCAUCGAGUUAUCUAAAGAAGAGAGUCUGCCUGAUGACCCGUAUAAGAAGAAGGAGAGAUGGAAGUCGGUGCCGCCGCCACAGCGUGCGCAGGCGCAUAAUGAUGCCUUGCGAAGGUUUUUGGAGUACGAAGGGAAAGUGCUUGCGUUCAACGUGGCGUGGGACAAUAGAGAUUCCGCAUUCGGGGAGCUGGUAGAAUAUAAAAUGAUGUAUUUUUUGCAAGACGACACCAUUGCAAUUAAGGAACUUCACGACGAAAGGGGUGGAAAGGAUCCGUUUCCUCUACUCUUGAAGAAGAGGAAAGUACCAAAGAAGUGGAAAGAAAGGCCAGUGACGUUCCCGUCCAUCGCGAUGGAGAUAACAGAUGAAGAAGUGACUGAGUACUAUUCACCAAGGGAUCUGAUUGUCGGCGAAACUGUCUUCAUUCUGGGACGACGUUUCCUGAUAUUUGACUGUGACAAAUUCACUAGACAUUACUAUAAAUCAAUGCUUAAUAUUGAUCAGCCACAGAGGAUUCAAGUGUUCCAUGAAACGAAGAAGGAAUUCCCAAAGAGUCUUCCACCCCACAUUGGUAUCGGUACUCCAGAGGAUACACUGCAAUCUUGCUUCGGGCUGAUGCCGAAACCACCACAUAAAGAUGUCAUCAAGUACAAUCUGAAUGCUAAUAAGUACCUCCGGUAUCUAUGUGAACUGGACUGGAUCCAUCCGGAGGAUAAAGGACGUCGGUUCGUCUUUGCAUACAGCCUCGCCGACGGGACGAUAAAAAUUGGCGAAAUUCCACGCCGAAAUUCCGGGAUUCGUGAAGGGAAAUUCCUCAAGGCUAUGCUUUUGCAGACCCCGGAGUCUGAUCCCAAUUUUCCGACGUACUAUACGCCGGAUAGAUUUUUUAUUGGAGCAAUUGUACCAGUGUUCAAACAUCGCUUCAAGAUUAUCGGAUGCGAUUUGUUCGUGUAUCGAUACAUGAGCGCGAACCCGAAUAAAUUCCCUCAGGAGGUGAUUGAUAAUGUUCGUAACUAUCACAUGAGUGAGGGCAACCUGAAGGAUGAACUGCAGGAGGCAAUACGUGACGAACAUGCGGCAGAAGUACGCGCUCAAUUGGCGAAGAUUGGUCAAGCAGCUGUCGCCGAGCCAAGCGCGAUGGAGCGUUGUCUAGCCGCUCUGGACGUCGUAGAGGGGAGCGCUACGCCGCCCAGGCCGCCUACGCCGCCCAAAACUACAGAUCGUAUCACUUAUGAUGACGCAUUGCGCGUGCAACGAAUGAGCAACCCAACAUGUGACAAUGUUCUGCCACUGAAAGGAAUCUUAAAGUCUGGAAUGGCUCGAGAAGACCAGCAGAAGGUGGUAUGCUUCAGCGGACCAGCGCCUGAUGAACAUCGGGAGAAAGCUGUUAAACCUACAUACCCACCGGGACAGCAGCCUCACUUUACUGAUGAUGAAGACUUUUGCGAGAGAUACAAGGAUGCGGAUGCUGAAGAAAGAGCAGCGAGACGCGAACAAAACAUAUGCCCGUAUGAAGUGAUUCCGAAUAAACAGAGCCAGGAGGCGACAGGUGAAGAGGCUAUACCCAAACCGCAGUUACCUGGAUACCUUGGCACCUAUGGAGUUGAUUGCAAAGAGGUGCCUGAUUACAUGCGCUUAUCUCCCGACGCGUUCGAUAAAGUCAAGAAACUACGUCGGGAUAUUCCUGAAAUAUCCCCCGCGGCUGCGAGGGUGGCGGAGCACCCUCGCGAGCCGCCGCCCCCUCUAGAGACCUGUCUCAAGCCACCAGCACCAAUCAACCCCUGUGCCAAGAAGAAGGAAGACGUAGCUUUCGCUUGCCCCCACGUUAAACCUGUGAUGCCCUGCUGCGAUCCUGAUAAGCGUGGACCGGUUUAAUGAUUUUUAAUUUAUAUUAAAUGUUUUUUUUUUUA